GACGUCUCUGACGUUAUAUCGUGAUCCGUCGUCCUGGUCUGCAGGGCUCGAGUCUGCGCGACGUGACGGAACGUUACGAAACGGCGCGUCGCGGUUACGUCACAGUGCGUCACGGCGCUUCGCCGGAGUGCCGUGGCCUUUGCUGUAUUGGAGUCCGCGCGGAGGCAAUAUAGUAGGGAUCGAGGGUAGAGUCGGUCCGACGCGGAUAAUGCGAGACCGCCACGGCACUCGGACGAUCGCUGCCGAUCGCAGGAAGUCGCCAGUCCCGUAGACCGCGGAGUCCCAUGGUGGCGAUCACCACGUGUUACGCCGCCGCCGCGACGGCCCUCAGGGCCGUCAUACUGGGCGCGCCGGCCUCCGGCAAGGGUACCGUCUCCUCCAGAAUCGUCCAGCAGUUCGGCGUCGCGCACAUCUCCAGCGGCGACAGGCUGCGCUUCCACGUGUCUGCCGACACUGAUCUAGGCAAGGAGGUAAAAAAAUACAUGGACAGCGGUAGCUUCGUCCCAGACGACACGAUGAUAUCCCUUAUCGACGACGAGAUUGGAUCGAUGGCGGAUCGGAAUUGGCUAUUAGACGGAUUCCCGAGGACGUUGACGCAGGCAGAACGAUUGCAGAGGCUACAUCCAAUCAAUCUCGUGCUAAAUCUCGUGGUGCCCACCACCGUCAUUCUGGACCGAGUCAAGAGCAGAUGGAUUCAUCUGCCCAGUGGUAGGGUCUACAAUAUCGGCUUCAACGAUCCACGAGUGCCGGGCAAGGACGACGUAACGGGUGAGUCGUUAUGUCAGAGAGAAGAUGACAAACCAGAAAUCGUGCAGAAAAGACUGCAGGACUACGCGACGAAAACCGAGCCAGUCUUGCAGUUUUAUCGCGAGAUUGGAGUACUGAGGGAAUUUCACGGCAACACCACCAACGAAAUGUGGCCGGUGAUCAGGAAUUGCGUGGCACAAUACUGUUGAGCUUCAAAGAGAUCGAAUAUUUAAAUAACUCUAUUCAAAUGUCGGAUAAUCGCGCGGACGGUUCUGAUUUUCAAAUAGGUCUAUCUAGAUCUGUUCGAAGAUUUCUCUUUUUCGAUAGAUAUCUCUCUAAAAGAAACAGAUUUUUUGGACAUUAAAUCUGUAUCUAAUUCUUAUAUCUUAUUUGCCUAAAAAUUAAAUUGAAUUAAAUAGAUAUAGAUCUCACACUAGAUUAGAUAACGUGCGCCUAAAAAUAUUCUCGUAUUCAUUAUUUAAGUACGAAAAUAAGUCUAUUCAGACCUAUUUGAGACCUGUAAUUUGCUCAUCUCACGCGAUCUCGUCCGACAAUUGUUUCUUUAUCUUGCGACAAUAGAGAAAAUGUGUACUACAGCGCAAUUCGCGCGGAGCUCUCUUACGCACGCAGGAACGUACACAAGCGUGAAUGUCAUUAAGUUCUAAAUACGCGCGAUAUCGACAAUAAUAGAUUCUCGAAGAUGUUCCCGAUGCGGAAUGCCUAGGUGAUACAACGAGAUUUCAUGGUAACUAAAAGGCACUGAACCGAGCACGAAUUAUCUCUUGUUUCUGCGACUUAGUACUUGUUUGAUGAGCUGUUGCUACAGCUGUUUGGUUAAAGUCCGAAGUAUAGUACAAAUUACAAAGUAGGAAUGAUCGUUCGAAUGAUCGAUGAAUACAUUUCUGGGAUGGCGUAAUCGUCACACACUUGUUCUUAUUUUAUUUCGAGCGUAUAGCGUUACAGUUGUAAGAGAUAUAUAUAACAAUGUUCAAUAUAUUGUGUACAUAUUCAACAGUAUAAGUACAAUAUACGCAUAUACAUAUGCAUAUA